AUGGCCCGGCAGGGGGCAAUUAACAUACAGGGUCUCUCUCUCCGAUAUCCCGACGGAACUCUGGCUCUGGAUGACAUCUCGAUGCAUAUUUUCCCGGGCGAAAAGAUCGGAAUCUGCGGCCGCACUGGGAGCGGGAAAAGCUCUCUCACGCUAGCCAUGUUGCGUCUCAUAGACUUCUCACAUGGCAAUAUCACAAUCGAUCAGACUGACAUUCCCAAGAUUGCCCCCGGAUCAAUCCGAGAGAGGCUGAUAGCUGUGCCGCAGGAUCCGUUCACACUUUUGGGAACAAUCCGUUAUAAUGCAGACAUUAUGGGACUCUCCAGUGACAGCGAGAUUACAUCUGUGCUGAAACAGAUUGGCGUUUGGGAAGCGAUCGAAAGCCGUGGGGGCUUGGACGCACUCCUUGAGGACCAUCCACUGUCAUAA